AUGGAUCGUAAUUCGAAUAGUGAAUCGCAUAUGGAUGAUGAAACAAAUUCUUUAGAAGAAAUUGAACAAAUUUGUCGAAAUAUUCACCAUUACGAUCCAUGUUUUCGUGUAUCAAUGAUUAGUCAUCAUCUACAACGUUUAGGGGUUUCAUGUAACGAUGAACGCAUCGUAAAACUCGUAUCGUUAUCAUUUGAAACAAUAUUAAGAAAUAUUGUCACUGAUUGUGCACUUAUUGAGCAACAACAGCGAUCUAUAUCUGAUAAUAGCACAUCUUCAACUUUUACGACAAACACAUUAAUUCAAGCAUUAACAAAAAAUGAAGAUGUUUCUUUAUCAUCCCUUCCAUCAACAAUAGCAUCCAUACCGCAAUCGUCGCUUCCCUAUGAAUCAGAAAAUAUGUUCGAUCUCUAA